AUGACGCUCGACCCUGCCGACCAAAAAUCACCAUCACCGAAGCGCAUCGAUACUACACCCACGACACUACUCCACCACUACCGCAACCUCUAUAUAUCCUUCACGCUCACCACCGCAACAAUGCCACCCAAGCAAAUGGCAGGCAAGGGCCGUACUCUCAACGAGCCCAGCUUCGCGUCUAGCACUAUUUCGGCCUUUACAAGCAAGGAGAACAGGAGUAUUGUUACUGCUGCGGGGAUGUUUGCUGUAAGAUACUCUAUGUGA